AUGAGCAACAAGGUUGAUUUGUCUACUGCAAUUCUUGACACUGCCCUACCAAACCAGGUGGUCGUGAAUGCCAGUCUCCUGAACACCCUCAACAUCGGCCAGCACGAGAUCGCCCUGAACCCGGCUGACGUGACCAAGAACGCCCUCUUUGAGGCCGGCCCAGUCUUCGUGAGGGGAGCCAAACAAACAAGCGGCCUGUUCACGUGCAGGGUGGACGAGAGCCAGCAGCCCGGGACAGCGUGUCUGUCGAAGGAGGCGAGAGCGAAUCUGCGAAUCAGAUCGGGAGACACCGUGAAACUCUACCAGCCCGAAGACAGGCAGCUCGUGGACGCCUACCUGGUCUCACUGGCCGAAGUGGUCGAAACAACAAGGGGCCUCUCAGGCCGAGUCUUCGAGGAGGUCGUUGCGCCCUACUUUGACUCGAUUCCAGCGAGUUUCGUCUCAAAAGGAGGCGUCUACACCAUCGCAAGUGGAAUGCUACGAAUUGAGGUGAAGGUGACUGGGAUCAGGGGAGCACUGCCUGGCGAGAAGGAGGGCGAGGAGGUCGACCANGAGGCGAGAGCGAAUCUGCGAAUCAGAUCGGGAGACACCGUGAAACUCUACCAGCCCGAAGACAGGCAGCUCGUGGACGCCUACCUGGUCUCACUGGCCGAAGUGGUCGAAACAACAAGGGGCCUCUCAGGCCGAGUCUUCGAGGAGGUCGUUGCGCCCUACUUUGACUCGAUUCCAGCGAGUUUCGUCUCAAAAGGAGGCGUCUACACCAUCGCAAGUGGAAUGCUACGAAUUGAGGUGAAGGUGACUGGGAUCAGGGGAGCACUGCCUGGCGAGAAGGAGGGCGAGGAGGUCGACCACGGCCGUGUCUCCGAGAACACGCGAAUUGACAUGUCGCAGACGACGACGAAGAGCGAGAUCGAGAAGGAGUUCGACGUGAUCGGAUUCGACGACAUCGGCGGAUGCAGGAAGCAGAUGGCGCAGAUCCGCGAGUGCGUGGAGCUGCCUCUGAAGCACCCGGAGCUCUUUGCCCGAAUUGGAACGAGGCCGCCAAGGGGCAUUCUGCUCCACGGGCCGCCUGGGACUGGAAAGACGCAGAUUGCAAGGGCAAUUGCGAAUGAAAUUGGGGCAACUCUGCUGGUGAUAAAUGGCCCUGAAAUAAUGAGCAAAAUGUCAGGCGAGUCGGAGUCGAACCUGAGGAAGGCGUUUGAGACUGCGGCCGAACAGGCACCUGCGAUCAUUUUCAUGGACGAAAUUGAUUCGAUCGCGCCAAACAGGGAGAAGAGCAGCCAGGAGAGCGAGAAGCGAAUUGUGUCGCAGCUGCUGACGCUGAUGGACGGGAUGACGGAGAGGACGAGCGUGAUCGUCCUCGGCGCCACGAACAGGCCGAACUCGAUCGACCCGGCGCUCAGGCGCUACGGCCGAUUCGACCGUGAAAUCGAAAUCGGCGUCCCUGACGAAAUCGGCCGCCUUGAAAUCCUGAGCAUCCACACCAAAAACAUGCGACUGGCCGAGGACGUCGACCUGCUCGCGGUGGCGAGGGAGAUCCACGGCUUCACUGGCUCCGACGUGGCGUCGAUGUGCUCCGAGGCCGCCAUUCAGCAGCUCAGGCGAAAGCUGCCCUACGUCGACCUCGAUCGAGAGCGGAUCCCAGCAGCGGUGCUGAAGAACCUGAGCGUGAGCAAGGACGACUUCGCCUACGCCAUCAGCAACACGGACCCGUCCUCGCUUCGCGAGACGGUCGUGGAGACGCCGAACGUGAAAUGGGCCGACAUCGGCGGACUCGAGGGCGUCAAGCGAGAGCUGCGUGAGACCGUGAUGUACCCAGUGAACCACCCCGAGAAGUUCAUCAAAUUCGGCCAGAACCCGAGCAAGGGCGUCCUCCUCUACGGGCCGCCUGGCUGCGGGAAGACGCUGCUUGCAAAGGCAGUGGCCACUGAGUGCAAGGCCAAUUUCAUUUCAAUCAAAGGCCCAGAGCUUCUGAGCAAAUACGUCGGUGACUCGGAGUCGAAUGUGAGGGAGCUGUUUGACAAGGCCAGGGGUUCGACUCCCUGUGUCCUCUUUUUUGACGAGAUCGACUCAAUCGGAAAGUCGAGGAUGACGGCCUCAAAUGACGGUGGCACCACAGACAGGAUGCUCAAUCAGCUGCUGACUGAGAUGGACGGAAUGAACCAGAAGAAGAACGUCUUCGUCAUGGGCGCGACGAACAGGCCGGGGCUGCUCGACUCGGCCCUGAUGAGGCCAGGUCGACUCGACCAGCUCGUUUACAUUCCACUUCCAGACCAAAAGAGCAGGCUCAGCAUCCUCAGGGCGAAGUUGGGGAAGGCACCGCUGGCAGAGGACGUGGAUUUGGGGGCGAUAGCACGAAAGACAGAGGGAUUCAGUGGAGCAGACCUCACUGAGAUCUGUCAGAGGGCGGCAAAGUUCGCAAUUCGAGAGAGCAUCAGGCACAAGAUGACGUCAGAGAAGGUCGAAGACGAUCCAGUCGAAAUGCUCAGCUCAAAGUACUUUGCUCAGGCGAUGAAGGACGCAAGGAAGUCAGUUACCAGGCAGGAGAUUAUGCAGUUUGAGGCAUUUGCAAAGAGCAUGAACGUGGAUUUGAAGAAAGACGGGGAAGAUGGAAAGGGAGGAGACGAUGGAGAGGACUUGUAUGGGUAG